UGUACUCCAUUUCUGGGUGAGUGGCAGUAGGGGAGCAGUUACUCUGCUUAGCUACUACUGCUAAUAGCAUUUCCUUCUCAUGAAAAAACCCUUAGAAGAUUCAAGAAUCCCCGAAAGUUGUUUGGUAGCAAACUUUACACACCAUUACUCAAUAAUUCAUAGACACAAAUUUUCAGUCCAAAAUUAUAGACACAAAUGAGGCCGGCGAUAGUAUUUGCCGGAGUAUUUCUUCUGGUGGCACUGUACUGUGGGCUUGACCCAUUAAAGCAGAGUGCAAUUUCUGAAUCCAAAGACUUUAAGGCUUACAAAGUUGAAGCGCCAGCAUGGUCUGAAAUACCAGUAGAAAAGGACACCCUAAACUUGCUUCAGAAAUCAGAAAUAAAGUUUUUGAACCAAAUUCAGGGCCCGGAAAGUAUCGCAUUUGACCCGAAAGGUCGUGGACCCUACACAGGUAUAGCUGAUGGGAGAAUUGUGUUGUGGGAUGGACAGAAAUGGACUGAUUUUGCCUAUACUUCUGCUAAUAGGUCUGGCAAUUGUGACCCCAAACCAUCACCACUGCUCUAUUUAACAAAUGAGCACAUCUGUGGUAGGCCUUUGGGGUUACGGUUUGAUAAAACAACAGGUGAAUUGUAUAUUGCAGAUGCAUAUUUUGGGUUGAUGAAAGUAGGGCCUGAAGGUGGAAUAGCAGAAACAUUGACAAGUGAGGCUGAAGGAGUGCCUCUGGGAUUCGCAAAUGACCUUGACAUUGAUAAUGAAGGAAACGUCUAUUUUACAGAUAGCAGCACCAAGUAUCAAAGAAGGAACUUUAUGCUAUUGGUUUACUCAGCAGAAGAUAGUGGGAGGGUUCUGAAGUACGAUCCUAGUACUAAACAAACCACUGUUCUUCUUCGAAAUCUCCAAUUCCCAAAUGGUCUGUCACUAAGCAAGGAUGGUUCCUUCUUUGUAUUCUGCGAAGGUGCCAAGGGCAGGUUACAGAAGUACUGGCUGAAAGGCGAGAAGGCGGGGACCUCAGAAGUGAUGGCAAUCCUCCCAGGAUAUCCUGACAAUAUCCGAGCAAAUGAAAGAGGUGAAUUUUGGGUAGCAAUCCACUGUCGCCGCACCAUUUACAGCUAUAUAAAUUCCAUAUACCCGAGACUUCGUCUAUUCUUGCUGAAGCUUCCUAUCCCAGUAAAGCUCCGUGCCCUCUUGCAACUUGGAGGCCGGCUACAUGCGAUUGUUGUGAAGUAUAGCCCUGACGGUAAGCUGCUACAGAUAUUGGAAGAUGGAGAAGGGAAAGUUGUUAGAGCUGUAAGUGAGGUUGAGGAGAGAGAUGGGAAGCUUUGGAUGGGGAGUGUAUUGAUGCCUUUCAUUGCAGUUUACCAACUAGAAUGAACUAAAGAGUUACUCUUUUUUCUUUGUUUCACCAUUGAUCACUUCUCUUCUUCUUGCUCUAUCUAAGGAUUAAAAUGGAAAAAAAGCUCUAUUUUUAGUUCCUCAUGGUUGUUUGUAGCAUCUAUUAUGCGAGAAUAAUUCCCAAAAAGAGCCAUUUCUUUGAGGGUUGGGACUAUAGAUUAUCUUUCUAGUUCCUGAUAGUUUUGAUACUCUUAUUCCUGUUGGUGACAAGGAUUCUCAUGGGGAGUCCUGUUAGCCUUAAUCCUUUGAUAUGUUAAAAGAUCAAGUUUAAAAGGUUUCGACA